GUUUGCAAGGAGGCCGACCUCGAGGAUUGCGAGGAGGCCAAGCUGGCUGGCCAGAAGCGCCGUCUUUCGGCCAUGCAGGAGCCGAGGAGACAGAUGGCGGACAGGCAGCGGGCCUGGCUUGGGAGGAGCAGGCUCGGCAUGAAAGCGUUAUCGUGGAGGCCCAUCAAGAGGUGCAGGGCUGCCGCGAAGAACUGGCUGGUGAACUUGGACAACCAAGCCAGGGUCAGCCAUCGGAAGGAGGGCCUCCGAUAUUUUCAAUUCGUGAAGGGUGUUGGGGCAUGGGGGGAUUGGAGGACCUGGCCCUUCGCUGCGAUCCCGACGGACCUUGGCUCGGAUGGCGCGUCAGGUGUUUUCGCUGCCCAGUGCAAGUUUACGCUGGCCGUCGAGCCCAUGCCCGACCCGAGCCACUGCAGCAACAGGGCAAUGGUCCAGAUGUUGAAGCACGUGGGGCUCCACCCUCCCGCUCUGGUCUGGCUUAUCCGCGUGAACCUCCUCCAUGGGCCCGACAAGGGCGACGCGAGGUUCAGUCAGUUCCGUGAGCAUCUCUCGAACCUGUUCACUAAAUACACGCCUGCUUUGGAGCGCAUGAAGGUGGACAUCAGCGCCUCGGAGCCAUUGGAAGACCAGGUUUGGCAGUACAUGAAGAAUAGGGCCCACUUUCCCCGCGAGGGCAAUAUGGCGACCAUGUGCCGCUUCCAGGCCGCGACCGCGUCGCUCGCCAAGAACAUUGCCCAGUGGCCGAUCCGCGAGUUCGAAUCCCUCUUCGUGGCGCUGGAGGAAGACUUCCUCCAUUUGAAAGUGUUCGUCGAGAAGUUCGCCAAGAAGUUGGGGCCCGACGCUCACGGGGAAGGUUCGGCGACUCUUGGGAAGCUCACUUUCGAGGCGAAACUCUUGAGGACUUGCAGCCAGCAUAUGGUCGGCGUGAGGGUCGAUUUCUUGACCGAGCCAGACAAUGAGCAGAUAUUCAACAUCAUCCACCAUUGCGGCAAGGUGAUGCUCGACUGGGGCACGGGGGCGAGGCGUUUAUGUAUGACUUCUGACGGGGUCGAGGAGUGGUUGACGAAACAGUGCCUCGGCGACUUCAUGAAGUACGUAUCCUCCAUCAGCCGCGCCAUGAGCCAGCGCCGCCCCCUCCAGGACUGCAUGUUCAUGACGGGGAGGGCUGAUAUUAUCGCGGCGCUCAAGAAAAAUCGCGCCUUCGUCGUCGACGAGGAUGAGGCUGCGAACCUCUUUGGGCAGUGCGUCUGGCACCUGGUCGUCGAGACUCUCAAGCGGGGCCUGCACUUGGCCAGGGGUUGGCCGUGGUCCAUGACCAGCGUCCUCGGCGCGGACGAAAAGCAGAGGGCCGUCUGCAUGAAGUUCGCGCAGGACCUCCGCAAUGUUCAGCUCUUGGGGGAUAAGCCAGACAAGAACCACAUGGAGCAGGCGAUGUUCGACAAACACCAGUUCCAGAAGAUGUCGGCGCAGCAGCCCGUGGCCGCCUUCGAGAGCGCCGGUCGCGGCAUUCCAGCGCGGUUGGCCGACUUGCGGGAGGUCGCGCGGCAGCGCGCGCGGGUUGCGCGCCCCACCGUCCUCAUCGAGGAGAUCAUCGGCACUCAGAAGACCAUCCAGACAUUCAAGCAAGGCAGCAAGUACACCAAGCCCCAGAGAGCCAUGGGCAUCGCACUCAAAAAGAACGCGCUCUCGAAGAAGCACGAGUACAAGGUUCCCUCCGCAGACAUCCCGAGAGAUAGCAAUAGCGAUUACGUAUUGAAGGAGUGCUUCACCAGUACUGCGGCGAACAGGACUCUCCCCUGGAAGGACAUUGCAACGACUAUGCAGCAUGCCGAGUAUUACAGCCCCAAGGCCGGUAACUUCAACCUCACUUGCGCCGACUUGGACCUGUUGGCCGAGGUAGUUCGGGUUGGCGACUGGACCGUGCUUGAUCGGGCUUGGAUCGGGGAGCUUGCGAAAGUGGAGCACAACAUCAUCGUCCGCAAGGCCGCUCCAGCGGGCAUGCCAGCCGAGGCCACCUGGUACAGGAUCCUAUUCCAAUAUCCGAAGUCGGCUGUCUUGGCGUGGCCUGGCACCGUUGGGGCGUUUGCGAAUGGCACGAGGUAUUUUGCCCACGCGAAAGACCUCUACACGCCGACUCACAUCCACUUGGAUUCCCUCGACAUGGUAGCAAACACGUUCACUUGGAGGUCGUGCGUGUGGCAGGUCUUGAAUGUCCCCGACGCCAUCGCAGACGUGAGGAUCAUGGCGAUAUUGGAUCCAGACUCGGACCAGACCUUGAUCAACGUUGCUGCGAUGAAUGCUUUCUGGAGGCUCAAGCUUUCUUCCGUGGUCCAGUUCUCGGAGGCAGCAGGUCACCCAGUGGAUGAUGACGCCGACUUGUGCGAGGCGCUCCACCAGAGCAUCAUGGGCAUCACGGGGUGCAACGCCACUGACGCCAUGAAGUACGUAAAGAAGCGGCUCGCGGCCAAUGACAUCAUGACGCGUCUAGCUGGCAACAUCAUGGACGUGGACGAAGCGCUGGCCUGCUUAGACCGCAACGAUGCCCAGCUGCUCCAGAAAGACCAGAAGGAUCACGUCGACAUGGUAUCUGAGCAGGCCGUGUUCGAGCGCGCCUACACGACGCAGGCCUGGGAUGUCAAGGCCAUGGCCAAGCCAAGGGCCAAGCCGGCAGCAAAAGCUAAGGUCGUGCCGAAGCCCAUCCUCCCGCCCGUGAUCCCACAGAGCGAGCUCAAGACGUGCAUCCCUCCAUGGGCCUCCGUGUGGCGGGCCCGCGGCGAGGGCAGCUG